AGCUCAGGAUGUACUGUUUUAAUAUCUUAUGCUUUGGAAAAUGGGAAAAAAGAAAAAAGAUUGCUGGGCAUUGGUGUUUUGGCAUUUUUGUCAUUUGCAUGUCAUUGUCAAUUGUCAUUCUGAUUUACAUGUCAGUCAGUGCUGUUGGUUUUGUGUUCUGCAGUUAUUUUAUUUUAGAAGAAUGUCUGUUCCAAAGAAAAUGGUAAAUUGUUUUAACUUUGUGGUAUCGCCGUCUUCAGCUGCCUACUUUUCACAGUAUAUAAUUCAAUCUUAGAAGGCCAAGUUAUGUCGCGGAAGCAUUCUGGACGAUAUCUUACUGAGCACUUAUUUUCUUAUGAUUGAAGAGUUUUUUAUGCUUUUUACUGGGAUUCGUUCCAACACACUAUCACAGAUGUGUUGUAAGAAUCCUUAUGUUCUCUUUGACAUUAUACCGUCACAAUGAAGUGAGAUGACUAGGCAAUUUUGAUCGUGAUGCACUGGUAGGGACAUCACCAACUUGACGUGUUGAUUGUUUUGGUGUGCAGACGCUGCGCGUUCAAUCGGCGGAAGGCACCGCUCGCGUGGAUGUGUUGGACUGUGACGCAACGGCGCUGCUGUUCGAGCGCGUAUAUGAGACGCUGCAGCUCAGCACGUUCGGGUUCGCUCUGCACAAGGACCGCCAGCGCAAGGAGGAGAUCACCUCCAGCAAGUCGCGCACACUGCGCGACUAUGGCCUGCAGCAUGGGGACAUGCUCUACCUGAGCCCCGUCAAUGGAGCAGUUCUCUUUGACCAACCGACAACCAGUGCAGAAGCUAACAACAAGCCAUUUGGUGAGCCGGCUGUAGCUGGAUCUUCAGCUGCUGCACCACCAGCAUCAACUCCUCGUUUAGGAGCUAUAGAAGAAGAUGAAGUAGACUUACAGUUAUAUAGGAUGCCUGGGACCAUACAGCGAAGUCGUGAUGAAAAAUUAUGCCGACAUAACUCUAAUGGGUGCUGUGUACAUUGCUCACCGCUGGAGCCCUGGGAUGAGAACUACCUGAAGGAACACAAUAUAAAGCACAUGUCUUUUCACUCCUACAUGCGCAAGAUUACUUCAGGGAAAUUUGUCUCUUUAGAUGAACUCUCAUUCAAAAUCAAACCAGGUUGCAAGGAGCACCCGCCGUGGCCGCGCGGCAUCUGCUCGAAGUGCCAGCCGGGCGCCGUGACGCUGACCCGGCAGCCCUACCGCCACGUGGACAACGUGCUGGUGGAGCACCCCGCGCUGGUGGAGCGCUUCCUGGCCUACUGGCGAGCCACUGGACACCAGCGCAUCGGCUUCCUACUUGGCUCAUAUGAGAUACAUCCCGAUGUGCCUCUAGGUAUCCGCGCGCGCGUGGCUGCGAUCUACGAGCCGCCGCAAUCGUCGACGCGCGACGGCGUGGAGCUGCAGCAGGACGCGCGGCAGCAGCUGGUGCUGCAGCUGGCGGCGCGCCUGCAGCUGCGGCCCGUGGGCUGGCUGUUCACCGACCUGCUGCCCGACCCCACGCAGCCCCAGGCCGUGCGACACCUCAGGUAUCUGUAUAUACGAGCUGCAGCAGGACGCGCGGCAGCAGCUGGUGCUGCAGCUGGCGGCGCGCCUGCAGCUGCGGCCCGUGGGCUGGCUGUUCACCGACCUGCUGCCCGACCCCACGCAGCCCCAGGCCGUGCGACACCUCAGGUAUCUGUAUAUACGAGCUGCAGCAGGACGCGCGGCAGCAGCUGGUGCUGCAGCUGGCGGCGCGCCUGCAGCUGCGGCCCGUGGGCUGGCUGUUCACCGACCUGCUGCCCGACCCCACGCAGCCCCAGGCCGUGCGACACCUCAGGUAUCUGUAUAUACGAGCUGCAGCAGGACGCGCGGCAGCAGCUGGUGCUGCAGCUGGCGGCGCGCCUGCAGCUGCGGCCCGUGGGCUGGCUGUUCACCGACCUGCUGCCCGACCCCACGCAGCCCCAGGCCGUGCGACACCUCAGAGGCGUGGACACCCACUUCCUGUCGGCACAAGAAUGCAUAAUGGCGGGCCACUACCAGAACCUGCAUCCCAACGCCUGUCGCCACGCCUCCAGCGGGUACUUCGGCUCCAAGUUCGUCACCGUCUGCGUUACUGGCGACUCGUCGCAGCAAGUGCACCUGGAGGGGUACCAGGUGUCGGGCCAGUGCGCGGCCAUGGUCCGAGACAACGUGCUGCUGCCGACGCGCGACGCGCCCGACCUCGGCUACGUGCGCCCCUCCAGCGACGCGCAGUACGUGCCCGACGUCUACUACAAGGAGAAGGACGCGUACGGCAACGAGGUGGGCGCGAGCGCGCGGCGCGUGCCCGUGGCGUACCUGCUGGUGGACGUGCCCUGCGGCGUGGCCACCGGCGCCAGCACCACGCGCACGCGCUUCGACCCGCGCGCCGCCUUCCCGCCCGCGCACCGCCCCCUGGCGCUACAUCUGCAGACGCUGCGGGCGCUGCACGAGCACGUGUGCGCCGCGGGGGACUUCCUCCAGGUGGGUAUACCACCUCGUCUGCAGCCGUACACUUCCUCCCUGCGGCGUGGCCACCGGCGCCAGCACCACGCGCACGCGCUUCGACCCGCGCGCCGCCUUCCCGCCCGCGCACCGCCCCCUGGCGCUACAUCUGCAGACGCUGCGGGCGCUGCACGAGCACGUGUGCGCCGCGGGGGACUUCCUGCAGGCGAUGUCGGACUUUCACGUGCUGCUGUACCUGGCGUCGAACGAGGCGCUGCCUUUAUCUCUGGAGGCUCUGGAGCCCUUACUGAGGGCCGUGGAGGCGCGCGACCUGCAGGCGGCGCUCGCGUGGCGCUCCCUGCCCGACCCUGCCACGCUGUUCCAGCUGGCGGCCGCUGCGGCUGAUGACGAGCACCAUCAGCACCACACGCACAGUUCCAUGAGCGGAGGCGGCACAUCGGAGUCGGGCCCGGGGUCGGGCCCAGGGUCGGGGCCGGGGGUCGGAUCGGGCCCGGGGUCGGGGUCUGGGGGCGCGGUGUGGACGUGUCCGCUGUGCACGUUCCACAACGCGGCACACCACCACGCCUGCGACAUGUGCGCCAUGCCCAGGAACAACGCUAUGUAAAUUGUCCCCCGCCGGGGGGAGGAGUCGGGAUAGGAUCCACUUUUGAUACAACGUGCGUGCGAGAGGUCGCGUGUGUACUGAAUGUAGAUUUACGUCAUUUUGUACGUUCUUCGGCCGCGUGCGGCGAUCCGCCUCAAAUAUAUCCACUCCUCGCCUGUAGAGGGCGCUAACACCCCCAUCAGAGUCUGCAUUACUCAUUUUUUGUUAGAAAUCGUUAAAGUUGGUGGCGUAUGGGGAGAAUAAGCCGCGUUUUGAUUGGACACGUUGGUGUCUUCACGGUGACCAAUUAAGUUGCAAACAACGAAUUAAAAAUAAUAUGGAAAAUGAACUGCGCCAAAAAGUGGUUCCACGAAAGGCAAUGCGGGGCGAAAACGCGCCGGUCGUGGUAUUGGUUGGGAUUUCCGUUAAUCAUUGUCUUACCCAAUGAAUGGAUAGCUGAAUUCAUUUGAUUCGUCAAAGUAUUUUGUUUUGUCUGCCUGCGUGUCGCGUUAGCAUUGAAGUUUAGUUGUACGAGUUUUGUUAGAGAGCAAUACUUGCAUAUAAUUUCUAAUUCGUUGGUUGCAACUUGUGUCGCAACAUUUCACGCUUAUGCAGUAUUACUGCAUAAGCUUGGAUCAAGCGGGCGCUCUCGUACGCGGUGUCAGUAGGAAGGGAGGGAGGGGGGGGGGGGGGGUCUAUAUUUCGAAGCGGAUCGUCGUAUAUUGGUGCUAGGACAUUGUUAUCGGCGGACUCUCUCAUCGGUCGGAACUAGAACUACUGCACGUAUUGAGGCCCAAACACUAAUAAUGACAGCUUUGUAAUCGUAUCAUCAUCGACAAAUUUUGUUUACAAAAAGCUAGUUUGUUUUUACAACUUCUUUCGUUUUCGUUUCGUUCUUACGCCUUUGACGAUGCGAUACCAUUACGGAGCUGCCGAAAUUCGUGCUUGGGUGUCUGAGUUCCAACGUAAUGAAAGAACCCGUCGAAUUUAUGAUUGGUACGUAUGCGUGAUGUAUUAGUAAGUAAUCAUAGUCACCAUUGUUUCUGGACAAACAGCGCAACCAAUGGUAAAUGAGGCAUCCUUAAGUUGUCAUAGGUAUCGAUUCUUGCAUGAUUCUCUAAACUGAAAUUAACAUUUUUAUCCUUUCCGUUCUAUAUAGAGAAUGACAAGGAUACUCUGACAUCAAAAUUAAUUUUAAGUUUAGAGAAACAUACCAUUGCAUGGCUUGCCAAUCUAGCAAGCAAGGAAUUUAUGGCGUGCAACGGUCAAUUCACACUAGCGCAUCGAAUCGAAUUCUAGAACGUAACAAAGCAAAUUCAUUAUUUUCUCCGCAACGUAAUGGUCGCGGAGAUACGGGUGAUUUUGCUAUGUUACUGUUGCUAUAAUUCGCUUCGGUGCACUCAGACUCUGCGUUAGUAUGAAUUGACCAUAACAACACCUUUGUUACUAACCCAAUCAUUUAAGAAUGUCAUUCCUAUCAAACCGCCAUUCAUUUAAUAGAUUCAGACCACCUACUAAUCUAAUAAUCUAACCUAGAAAUUUUUGAACUAACGACCACCUUGAUUUUACCGAUCAUUCACACCAUCGAAUGAUUCCAAAAUUCUGACGGAUGUCUAGGAGGUCUUAUCUGAUUAAAGAGUUGGUCUCAUAGGAGUAACAUUUUUAAUCACCCACCUAGGUGGAUGGAUUGAGCGAUCCUUUAGUAACACUGUCGUUGAGUUUAUUAAUAAAUGAGGGCCAUUUGCACUAACAUUCUUAAUUAAAAUUAUGGCUUAAUUCUCUUUAACACAUCAUUCCACCUUUUGUCAAUUUUAUAUAAAGUCAAAUAGUGGGAAAAUGAGCGUUUAGCUCAAAAGCUAAUCAUGAUGAAUGCUCAUUUUCAAAAUUCAAUUCUGGUGCAAGUGGGCCUAAAACAAAUAUGGGAAAUAUCACUAUAAUGUUAACUAUUGCCGACAGAUGUCGCUGUAUAAAAUAAUAUAAUUUUAUUGCGUUGACAUAUAAAAACAAGUAGACUCCCGAUCGCGUAACAAAAGUGUAUCAAAAAACGUCAGAGCGGCGUUCUACAUCAACUUAUAUAUAUAUUAUAUAUACACGUCCGUUUGAAAAUUACACACAAUAGACGAAUGUGUGUAAUUUUGCUUCCGAUACUUUUUGAGCGCGACUGUGAGUAUUUGUUUUUAUACUUCAAUGUUUUAUCGUGAUGCAGUUUGUGAGCGUCCGCGUGUCGCACCGCAGGCGGUCGUGGCAUUUUGACUAUUCUGUUGUCUUUUGUGUUUGUAAUGACUUUGUCAUAGGCGAGCCCAUUGGUUGACGAUAAGAUUGGAAUCACUCGAACGGGUCCAAACUAAUGUCCUGUUCGUUUAUGAUCUCGAAAAUUGGAUUACAAUCUUAUAAUGAGGAUUCAAUAAGUUGUAUAUACUUUUGUAAAGAUGCGCGUCCUAUCGAGGCGCAAAUAUUUUGUAAUCAGUUGCGUUGCAAUAACACGAGGAUGAAGUAAGUAUUUAUUGAAUGUCGAAACCAUAAUUAUUUGACUACCGUUCGCCGGCUUUUAAACACGAUUAAUUUAUAUUAAAAAUAUCUCCUUUAAAGAAAAUAAGUUUGCUUAAUGUUAAUAUAGAAUCGGAAUUAUCAAAUGUUUACAUUGUUUUAAAAAUGCCCUUUCAUUAUGCAAUAUGCCCCUAUUACAGCAGGGUUAGUAAUAUGGAAUGUUUUUGUAUAUAGCGCAGCCUUAUUUACAAACAAUCAGAAACUGGAUUUCUAUACGAUUUUUUUAAUUAAGAUUUUAAAAUAAGUAUUGUUUGAGAAUAAGGCUGUUGUUAAGACCAGUAAAGUAUCACAAGUUAUGAACGACUUUAGAACAAAGUUAUAGAAAUGACUCACCAUCUCGUUUACGUACUGAACACUCUUUAUUAAGGUAUUGCGAUACUUGGAAAAAAAGUAUCAGUCUAUGGAGAAGUAUACGCAAAGCUCUACAUAGAUGGCGCUGCAAACACUUGACCCAAACCACAGCCGAAUAUUGCAGCUGUCAAAUAUUAAACGUGUUUUUUUUAAAAUAAGUGGUAAAAGUUUAUUCAGCAUGGCCUGUAAUACAGCUGAAAACAGAGUUGAAAAGGAGAGGAGCAUCUGUGCAAGGCAGAAAAGCUGAUCUAGUAGAAAGGCACUCCUUCUAUUAUUAUGCUAGAAUACUCAUUCUCGGUACAUAGAUGCAUUUUUCAUGAUUAUUUUAAUAGUUUAUGGAUCUCAGUAACUUUUAGCGAGCUCAUUAGUCAAAUCUAUCUUAUUUUUGCAUCAGUCAGGCAACCCAUAGAGUUAGGUUACGUCUGGCUAAAAUGAGAAGUUUAACAUUGGGUUUUUUUAGACUUGAGGCAUAUGACCGCAAUUUUAAUUUUGGUGCAGUUUUUUCUGAUCAAAAUGAAGACAUCCAGAUGCAAUUACCUGUCCCAGAUACAUACCAUGGUGUAAACAGCAGCUCAAUCCCCCCCCUCCCCCUUCAAUAUGUUGCUUUGAAUAUAUAAAUUAUAUUUUAGUCGGGAAGCAUGCAGUUUUCUCACAACAACCAGGAAUGGCACAACGCGGCAUUUGUAAUUUGUUUAAUAAAAAGUUUUUAAAUUAAUAUAAGCUAAUAGGUAUGUAUUUGAUAGAAGUUUUGGGUCAAGCGAUUACAGCGGGAAAUUUUUGCAGAUUUCUUGUCCAUUGAAUAAUUAUUAAACCAAAAAGGAUCAUCAUCUCGUCAGUUUCAUACGGUAUAAGAUAUUACCAUAGCUUGAAAAAUCAGCCCCAAAGGCUUGCUCAGAGAAAUAUCGGAAGUUAAUGAUGUAACUUUAUUUGCGAUUACAAUAGAAUGAGAAAACACGAGAGUUCAUUUAUUGAAUGAAUUCCGAGUACGGCGGCUACACUGAAACAAUUAAAUAACGUUAUUACUUUUGCAAUUCGUUGGGCUUGUUCAGUACCCUUAGCAGUAACCAAUAUCGAAUUUGAUCUCGAUAUGUGUCAAAUGUUAAAAAGUUUUGUAUGGAAGGAUUUUAAUUCUCUUUUUGACAUUUAAUGUUUAGAAAUCGAAUUCAACUUCACUUCCGGACCCAUAUAUCGGCCCUUGGACACAUUCAAAUUCGAUAUUGGUACGUGCUAACAGUACAGCUCGUUGUUCGGGGAUAUGUCGACUUGUCGAUACUUUGCUGUCGUGACGUUUGACAGAAGGCGUUAUUGUAAAUAUUAUGUAAUGGCUGUGGUCCGCAACCACCUGACCUUACGAAUAAACUACUUCCUUAUAUCACAGUCUUUUAUUUACUAAAAUAAAACAUCUGCUUGGGUUUUGUAAAAAUAUUUAUUAUAAUUAUAUACAAUUUAGUAUGUAGCGGCUGCGGCGGGGGCGCGGCUCGCGCGUAAAUGAAACACAAGAAUGAGCCUAAACCAACGGUAGCACGUUUAAUUACCUCAAUACAAUGUCAUCAAUAUUAUUCGUUUACAUUACAAUAAUGAUUUUCUAUGUCCAUCGUUAAAACAUAAUUUACAAACUAUUUGAUAUUUUGAUUGUUACCUUUCAAUAGUCCGACGAGAUCAAUGAGAUACACAUUUAUCUCGAAAUAUCUCGCGUUCGAAAACGGGUCAACAUUAACUACCUACACAUUGUCAAGAAACAUUACUUCUAACCGUAAGACACUCGUAAAUUUUAGCGGUCCGGAUUCUGGAUCAGGUACAACGCGAAGCUGCCGCUAAUUCCGCCCCGGAAUAUUAUUACAUUACGUCAACUUAUGAAACUCCUAAUAGAAUACUCAAGGUUUGUUAGGAAUAUACUAGCGAAAAGUCGGAAAAUAAAUGUAACAGCGUAGUUAGCGACGGGGCGGAGUGGGGGGGGGGGGGGAGUGCUAGUGCACUGCGCGCGUCAUACUGAGUGAGGGCGCCGCCUCCGCACUGAAUCCAAUACCAUCCGAUCACAUUCAACCAUAUCGUCCUUGUCAAAUCCAUAUCUAGGUAGCUAGGUGUACCUUAUGGAUAUUUCGAUAAUUAUGACUAGUAUACUAAUCAAAUUUUCCAAUACAAAAACAAAAGUCUCCGUACUCGAAAAUUCGGUUAAUCUUAUUUAGAGUUAUUCGAAUCUUAGGCCUGUAAUCGCUCUCAACUCUGAGAGCGAUCUUGAGAUGCUGUUUUGUAUGAAAACAGUGUCUUCGAGAUCUCGGUCUCCGAGUUGAGAGCGAUCUAUUAGGGUCUUUAGCAUCAGAACGGUGACCAGAAAUUGCUUGAUAAAGAUUCUAUGAGCAUCAGCCCGAAUAUUAUACCACCGAAUACUAAUAGCUGUCUGAAAGUAUUUUUUUUGCACAUAGUAAGAUACAGGUUUGACAACGAUCAUAUCGCAGGAGUUUGAACGGAUAGCGCGGCCGUGCGGACGGCGGCGUUAACAUUAUAUACAUAUUACAUAAACAUUACUCGCACACAUUGUACAGAUGCAUACUAUCGAUCUUAACCAACUAUCACAAUGCAUAAUGCAGCCGAGCCCGCGUCGCGUCACCGAGUGGCCUCCACGUUUAUUAUCAGGUCUGCCAUGACAUUUUAUAAUAUGCGUAUCAUACGUUUACACGUGUUAAAAACGGAGGAUGUGUCAAUAUAUUGAAGUACGGACAGGUCUCGUGACGGGAGGCGGGCGUGGUCGCCUGAACGCACUCAUGCGUAUUGCUUUAUCUUCAAUUCAUUAUAGGUUUCGUCGUGUAAACUAUUUUUAUAAAAAAUAAUAUCACAAUAAUUUUCAACUGUAUUAAAAAUGUGACAUAUUUUAAUACAAUCGAAACGAAUGGCACCAUCGCUUCGUCGUGAUUAGGUGUGAAGGGGAACGAGAUCAUCGACGAAACCUUGCGCAACGGAUGCGCACGCGCAGAAGCGACUGUAACACGUAUGGGAUUACAAUUGUUAGAUAAAACAAUACGAAAGUUGCGCGCAUCUUGAGGGGGCACACGUGCUGCGCAUUUCAGGCGCUCAUACAAUCAAUGCCGAUUUUAGUUUUGCAUUAAUGGCGAAAAGACGUAACAGCAAUGCAUCAGUCGUCUCUUAGCCACAAUUGGUGUAUUUUGAUCAAAACGUUGGGAUAUGAAAAGUACGAUAACCUUUAUUAAAGUGCACGUUUUAAUCGUCUAAACAGCAAAGGGAAAGUUUUAAAGCGCAAUGGAGAAAAGACACCUUUUAAUUUGAAGGUCCGGUCAGAGUCGGAGUCGACAGCUUAAUGAAUGAAAUACAUUCGUAUAUUCAGUCGCAGCGCGGUGCCCCUCUGCUAAAAUUAUAAUACAAGCUUCUAUAGUUUACAAAGUAUGUACACAGGGCUCCGGGCUCCAGGCCGGGCCCCGCGGGGCGCGCGCGCGUUCCAUCAAACCCUCAAACGCGGAGAUGAAAUAACUGAAUCGCACACGCGAUAAAAACGAUCGUAAAAUUAACGUCAACAGAAAACUGUACGAUUGAAUUUCAGUACUGUACCCUUAGUAAGAGUUUUACAAUUAGGAAAACUAUGAUAGUUUUCGUGAGCUCCCACUCGUGCUAAGCGUACUGAUUUUAUUGUUUUCGUUUCAAUACAAAUAAACAGUGUUUUAAUUCUAUCGUUAACACAUUUCCGUCUUGUUAAAUUUUAAGUAUAUUCGGUUACUCUUCACCAAAAUGCCCAUAGACACAUAAUUUACAAUUACGAAAACUAUGAUAGUUUUCGCGAGUUCAAACUCAUACUAAGGGUACCGGUAAGUAUAGAGAUACAGGCGCGGUGGAACGCGCUCGCGCGACCUUCCAACGGGAGCUAAAAUCUUUACAUCAUCACAUUUUUUUCAUUAGAUUUACAGUUUUUCGUAUUUUUAUAGGGCGCUGGCGGCGUUUUUGCACGUUUUGCGUAUGUUUGUUGUCGGUCGAUGCGGGGUCCCGGUGUCGCGGCCACCGUUAGUGUUGCGCAUGCGCCGGCAUGGGCGGGAAGUGCGCGGGGUCGCGCAGGUCGUAGGCGCGCGCCCGCGCCGGCUCGGGCUCCAGCGCGGCGCGCAGCUCGCCCUCGCGUGCCGACUCUAAGGGGACUGCCAUAUACUCUCCACUCUUACCUCACGCGAACGACCAAUACGCAAUACGCCAUAGGCGGAAGGAAGGCCCGCCCGCGACCUACCUCCUGUCCACCGCGAUCUAACCUAAAUAUGACUGCGAGCGAGCUGCGUACGUUUCGCCGGCUCAUCGUUUUAUUAAUAGGGAUGAUGACUAAUUUUUUUUGAAGUUAUACUUCUUUAGGCGCGUUAUGAAAAAACGAUGAGAGUGAAAUUUUAAGAUGCGCGCGCAUCACUGUAACACAAAUACUUUUGUGUUUACCGCACAUUAAGAAAAUCUACCAACAAAAUAGAAAUAGAAUCUCUAUUUAGUGGGUGCUAACGACUGCAUUGUGAAGGCCUAUCAAAAGUAUUUAUUAAUCUGGAACAACGGAACCGAAGCGCGAUUCAGGAGACUACAGCGCCAUCUCUUGACCAUUGGUGUAGUAGAACCAAAAACCACAUCUUUAUUUUUUUUAAUAAAGUAACAGUUAUAAGUAUUCAUAUGUAUAAUAUCAAAAGUAUUUAUUUAUUCGUUUAUCAGGUAGAUUAUCAAAAAGUAUUGGACGCGUAUUUUUUCUUUUUUCACAUAAUAUAAACAUUGCAGAGAUAUAUCGAUUUGAAAAGUCGCAUGACGUCACGUUUGAGUACACUUAUGAGGUAAAAUUCUCUCAAAAGUGACGUCACGAGCCCCCACUCCCAAACUUUGUCGCGCUAUAACUUUGUCAUUUUUUGGUUCAUUGCCCAAAUAAAAAAUACGUGUCCAUUAUUUUUUGAUCAUCCAACUGACGCACUAAAUAGAAUUUCGUUUACUGUACCCCGUCAUCACCCCUAUUCACCUUAUUUUAUUACUAUUCAAUAAUCGCCAAUUACUUACAACUUAGUUCGCAAUUAGCUAUCGAGUAAGCCGUGCGCGUACUUAUAACAAUCAUUUUUAUAUCGAUUAGUAUUGUUUUAAUUAGUGUUUAGUUACCAAAAUAUACUUUAUUAUCAAGUUUAUCAUUUUAUCAGUAUCUUAGUUUUGGUACAUCCCGAACAAUGAAGCUUCUUUCGCUGGCCUCCUGUGGUGUCCAAGUCGCAGCACGUAACUAGCGCUAAGCUUCACGCUGGGGGGGGGGGGUCCGACUGGAAAGACGAUCGUCGCAACGCCUCCCCCCCCCCCGCACCUCGUUUCCCCCCCAACACGUCUUCAUUUGUACGCACGCGCAAUAACGGUCCGGGCUAGAGUUUCGUGCCGCGACUUAUGCGCGCGUAAACAUUUCUAUUGGCUGCGACAGGCCGCCAGUGCUCACUCACACAUGCGUAUAAAGCUUUGCAUGAGUGCCUUCUUUACUCGUGUGACAUGCGAGAGAAGGUCAAAAAGUUUGCGGAAUAAGAGGGAAGAAGGUUGAAAUUAAUAACCAAACUAUUCUUACUUAGCACUAACUAAAAAAAACUGUAGUCUGUAGGGUGGGUCGUUCAAUUCACCGCUUCAGUGAAAGGCAGGCGUCGUAACAUAGCACGUGUGAACGGGUGCAUUGUCGUGCAGAAGGAGCACACCUUUUGACAGCUUUCCUUAUCUUUUUUCCUUGAUGUCUUCUUUCAAUCUUUCCAAUAAAGAAGCGUAGUGCUGUGCCGUUAUAGUCACACCACGUUCUUUAUAAUCGAUCAGUAAAAUACCUUCUGUAUCCCAAGAGACAGUCGCCAUAAUCUUGCGAGUCGAUUGUGUCACUUUGAACUUCUUUGGUGAAGGUGUGCCUUUUUUAUGCCACUGCAUCGACUCUUGCUUUGACUCAGGUUCAUAGUGGUGAACCCAGGUUUCACCACCAGUAACGAUUUGGGCCAUAACUUCUUCCUUUCUCUCUCCACAGAGCUCUAAAAUCUGGCGAGAACACUCGACACGCUCGCGUUUUUGAAGUAGCGUGAGCAUUCUCGGAACCCAUCUUGCACCGACCUUAGUUAUCCCAAGAUGAUGAUGUAGAAUAUUCAAAAUACUUAUUUCGCAUACUCCAAUCAUAGCUGCAAGCUGCUUCUUCAACCGGGCAUCUUCCAAUACAAGUUUUUCUACUUUUUCGACGAUUUCCGAUGUCGUUGCUUCAAUUGGCCGUCCGGAGCGGGGGUCGUCUUCAAUGGACUCUCUUCCUUGUUUGAAAAGUCAUGCCACUUGUAAACCAUGGUUUUACCAGGGGCAGAGGCCGCGUAAACCGCCAACAGCUCAUGAAAAAUAAUCUGAGCGGAUUUUCCUUGCUUGGUAAGGAACUUAACGGCGCGGUGUUUAAUUUUCUCCAUACUGGCUGACUUCUUCCCGAUUCAGUUGUUUGCAGGUCGAUAACUCAAAAGUUAAUGACCCGAUUAGGUUCAAACUUGGUAUAUAUACUGUUAAUGAGGUGCUCAACUAGUGCCUACCUGGACGAGUAAACGUCCAUCCAUUCUCCAACCCCUCCAUUCCGCGAACUUAUUGACCAGAACAGAAAAUGGUAUUAACGAUAUCUAUAUCGAAUCGAUUGUUCUCUAGAAUCAGAAAUCUAUGUUAUGCAACCGACCGACGGACGGAAGUGUGAGAUGAAGCGAGCGCGCAGCCGAUAGUUCGCGAUCUAAUUUAUCUGACAGCUGGCUAAAAAACACUAAGUCAGUUCACUCUAUGUCUUUGAUGUUAAAGUUGAAUUUCGAUCGAGCCGUAAUCUAAAAAGAUGCACGACAUGCAUAACUUCACAGUUUUCUCCACCACUCGUACUUAACGUCGUGUGACAUAACUUACUUCUCCUCGUAAUAACAAAAACUGAGAACUGUCCACACACUACAACUAACUUAUUACACACGUCACGUGUGAUAAUAUCGAUGUACAAUAACAACACUACCAAGCUAUCGUUAAAUCAGUCUCUUAACUUUAUAUAUUCCGAUAGUUUUUAUACAUAUUUCUAAGACUCAUUUACAUUUGACGCAAAGUCUCUGUUCGUGUAUAUAUAAUUUUUUAAAUACUCUCUGGGUAUCAGCAGAGAGAUACUCAUCUCUUCUAAUAAAGUACUUUUAAACGCAAUUCAAUAUUUUAAAAAUUACAUUCAGUCACUGCAGGAAAUAUUGAACAUAAUGUAAUGAGCUGAAAAGAUAUUCUUUUACAAUCGAUGGAGUGCUUUACUGUCCCUUUUGUUAUAUUUCACCAUGUAAUAAAGCAAUUUUACCCAUUUAAUAUUUUUUUUCUGCCCCCAUGCUUUCAAAUCUAUAUUUAAGAUUCUGAAACAGUGAGCUUAUUGCCAACAUUAAAACAUCCAAUGUCAUAAUUUAAAAAGGUAAAUAAUUUCCAAACGGGUGUGGUAAUGUUGUAUACAAUUUCAUAACAACACUCUUUCGCUUUUUAAAUCCCUUCCACGCCAAGAGGUUACUCAUCAGACAGCCACAAUUUUCAUUGCUCGAUGUGUGGUAUUAUUAAAUUUUAAAUAAAGCAUCGUCAUUCUCGCGCGCCUUUCACUACCACAGCGCCGAAACUUUCCAUGAAUUUUCAGUUCUUGGAACACUCCGUACUUUCAGAAUCUUUUAGAGAAUGCCCAGCUUUACUCAGCGCACGUUCUUAUAGAGGAUUCAUAUAAUGGGUGUAGAUAAAGUCUUGCGAUACUAUCAACCCACAUUUGUGUUUAAUACCGCUCAUUAUACAACAGUUGCAUAAAUGAUUAUUAAUAAGAGAAAAAAUAAAUGUAUCCGCGCUUUAUAAGAGCGUUGAGAAGGCAAGGUGAAGCACUGUUAAGCUGUUCACAGAUAUAGAAACAUUUUCUCAAACUAAUGAAAGCAUUUUCUCUUAAAUUACAAUAUAACGUAUUCCUGCCUACAUGUGUUACUUUACUACUAAAUUUCACAAGUAAAUCCCGAUUAUAACUAGUUUAAUUCAUUUCUCAUAAGGUUUCUCAGUGGACAGUAGGUACAACGCAAGCGGCCGGAUGAACGUAAAGCACAAAACACACAACACACAGAAUGAUGACUAAAUAAAACUAUAGUGCGAUUGAAACUUUAUGACCGCCGUGAAGUUAGCCGCGAUUGCAACUUUGCACUGAAACCUCGCUGACUUGCGCCGACUUCACAGUCGCCAUUAAGUUUGAUCCGCACUCUACCCUCAGCCCACCGCGUGUUAUGUUCAACACAACACGGCACUCUAAGCGCGGGACACACCGGUAGCGUUCAUGUCAUUUCACUAGGAAUUGUUGAGAGGAGUGACCUUUUGCAGUAUGUAAUUAAACACACAUAAGGAAUAUUCAUACAGCACACAUUUGUUAGAUUUUUUCUUAUAAAAAAAAUUACAAAUGGCGACAUCUUUACUCAGAUAUCAGCGGGUUGUGGAUUGCUUAGUUUCUCGUAUUAACUAUGCGUAGUAAGGGAGAAACUGCCCCACAUAGCUCCCACAAGAUUGUUCUGUAUAUUUGGCUUAGCUGGACUGUACGAUUAUAUGUGUAAUAUAAGUGAAAAAUGCAGGUAAUGACACGAUAUAAACGUUCGUUUCGCUCCCUGUGUGUCCCGUGCUUUAUCUUAACAGUCACCAACUCACAUGCUCGUUUCAAUCUGCCAACCCUCAGUUAGUUACAUGCACAAUGCGGACAUGAGACUCGGCACUGUGACGCAAAAAAUGCCAUUUUUACAGUUCAAUUAGUACACCUAUAACUCGAUAAUAACAUUUAUCAAUCUCAAUAUCUAACAGUUUUUACAAAUAACGGUUGAUAAUUGAAAUUAAAGUACAAUUAAAUCUAAAGUCUCUUUAAUUAAGCAGAGAUAAAAAUAACCAUAUAGUAAAAAAAUAUUUAUUUAUCUAUAAUGUACUUAUUAUUGUUAAAGAAAAAUAUACUGAAGAAGCAGCACAGCACAGCUUCUGUAUAUUUUAGUUUUGGAAACAAAUCAAAAAGCAAAUUUAUUCAAGUAUUGUAAAGUUUAUGACAAGGUGUCUCUAUCGAGUUAACAGUUUUCGGAGAAGGAGAAAUUACUCAUGAAUAUAGGUGAUCGGGGAAAAAGUUUCUUCAUGUUUUAUUUACAAAUUAUUGUCACUUUGAAGACAGUAGUAAUGGUUUUAUCCACGUAAUGUAUUUUCAACUAUGCGAUAAAUAGAAUCAGGACUAGUUUUUACACGCUUGGGAGAAUGCUGAAUAAACCAAAGCGAGUGGAAACUGUGAUAUAGAUCGUUUUAUAUAAUUUUUUGCUGAGUUACUAAAGUUUAUAUAAAACUAGUUUUUACGGGUUAACGCACGAAACUUUAUUUAUUUACUGACGUUUCUAAAACUACUAAAGUUUAUGUUUGUUUUGUUGCCAGAAGUGAUCUUCCAACCCUUGUAGUACUCACAGUAUUAUCUUACAAUAUGUGUAAUCUACAUUUCGCUAAUCUGUGGAAUUCGACUCGAGUCCUUAACCUCCACCCUCGCGUUCUUAUCGCUAACGAUACGCUUCUCAUCACCACCGAUCGAUCUUGUAAAUAAAGGUUUGAAUUCGUUUAGUUAUAAUUUUAAAACGAAACUGCUCUUUGUCAUAUUCGAAGGUUUUGAACUCAAACUGGAUUACAACUCAGCAUUGAACAUACUCCGGCUCGAAGGACCACGGGCAAACUCUACCGUUCCCAAGAGGGCGUGCUUCGAAAACUCAAUAAAGUUUCGCACACGACAGGUUUUUAUUGUAAAGUUCGAAAUUUCAAUUCAUCGCAUUAAGACAUAAACUACUGAGAUCAAACGUUACCGCGAUUCGCAAUAAUGGAACGACAUCUAUUAAAGAAAAUACAAAUCAAUACAUUCUUAAGAGCCCUUUUACAAAAUUGCGCCGCUGCCUUACUGAUCGGCGCGUAGGUAGAUUUGCACGAGUAUAUAUUGCAUUUUACGGGUUUUUUACGAUGUUUUGAGUCUUAAGUAUAUAAUAAUAAAUCAUGAACUAAUUAUAAAAAUAUAUACAUAUUUCAGUAUUUUUAUGAUGGUAGGUUAGUUUUGUGAAAGUUUUUGAAAGUAAUUUUAUUUAAUUCAAUAUCAAAAUCCGAUGUAAAUCUGCAUUAUUUUUUGGGAAAACUCACGGAGGUUAGAUGAUUUUUUUGAUAAUUAAUGAGAUGAAAAAUCCAAAUUUUAAUACAUUAUGUUACAAUAAAAACACAUUUCUGGUGGCGGAUUAAUUAAUUUGAUCUAAUUUAUUGAACAUUAUUGAGAGAUUUAGACGUUUGAAGUUGUGUAUAUUAUCGUUUUCUCCGUAAACUAGCUGCGGUAGAACGAUCAGUACAAAAAAAGGAAAACAGUAUUUGCAAAUAUUCUCCAUUAACUUACAAUGGGAAGAACAAAUCUACCGUUUGCUUCCAUUGGAAACAAUCAAAAUCUUUUCUAAGGGGGUAAACGAGGUACUCAAAAAUUACGAUUUCUUGCAAAAAAAAUUUGAAAGAGCUCUUAACUACGUAUUUACUGUUUGGUCACACAAGCUCAAAGAAACGAAACUUUUUCCCCGAUGUGCGGGUGACGCGGGUGAGGCGGGUGCACGACACAGAACGCUCGCCUGGACCGAACACAGAGCUGGAUGCAGCCGCAGCCGCAGCCGCAGCCGCAGCCGCAGCCGCAGCCGCAGCGCCGGUAUUUACCUCCUCACUCGAGCGAGGGCCGGCGCUCCGCCGCUCUCGUCGCCGAAUCCCCCGUCGCCGCGCCCGCGCCUGUGGGGACUCACGCUGUACUACCGAAGCCGCCGACGAUUCCCGAUCGCUCCGACGCCGGAUCUAUCCGCAGACGGGCCGGCGUCGCUCGCCACUCCUGCUUCCGGGACUGGAUGGGAUCGCGGGGACUACCACGACCUGACUGACGCGAGUUCCGCGACCGCGACGGAGGCCGAUGAUAUGCUGACGAUCGGUCGCAGGCGCGUUAUGUACAUCGCGUUAGUGGUUCAUGAGAGGAGUUUGCGCUCGAAAAAGCUCGUGUGGCGGUCGUUUAGAGUUAAACUUUGCAUGUUUCGAUAUUGCGUGUGCACCGUCCGAGUCCCCGACGCGAGACCGCUUCCGGGAUUUGAUUUUUCGUCCGGGGAAAAAAAGUUGUCUUUCCAGGCGUUCGAUUUGGUCGCGAAUUACCCGCUGAAUUUAAGUUUUUCUAUAUAUAUGAAGAAAGGAAAGAUUCUUGAAAAAGGGUCGAUAUUAGUAGUGGUUUCGCGUCGGAGUCUGGGCGGGCGCAUAGAUCGCGGAACGGUGGGCUAGGGGUUGGGGUUGGGGAUGUCAGAUGUGAGGUGGAGGGGUUCUGUACCUGUGAUCCUUGCGGGGUCCCGGCCUCGCAGCUUACCCGCGUAACUGGCGCCGGCCGCCGCUGCCCGCAAUAAUAUAACAACACCAUUACGGCUAACAACUCAUAGCGCGAUUACCGGCCGCACCCGCCGCGGUUGCGGUAUCGCAAUUCGGGUACGAUAUGAAUUUGUUGAUAAAUCAUAAUAGCAAAUUUCGCGACGCAACAGGCUAUUUGACAGUAUGAAAACUAAAGUACCAAUUAUUGGCAUGCGUGUUUAACAUGAAUAUUAGGGGCGAUUUUACUGUUCUGAAAGUAGUUUCAUAAUAUUACUAGAAAUCAUGAAGUAGAAAAGUAUAUAUUGCUCCCUUGUCACGUGACCGAAAACUGCUAGGAUAGACGGAGCCUGAAAUGUCGUCACCUGCUUGUGAAGAUACUGUCGAAAUUUUCCACUGUACUGUUUAAUUUUUUAACGACAGGCGUGUGACGUCACAUGCUUGGAAGAUGCCAUGUUGGCUAGAGAAACGUUUUUGCGGCAUAUAUUUUUAUUUCGUUUUUUUACUAAUAUACGCAACAGAAUUAUAAAUAUCCCCUUCUUAUAGUGUCGCUAACGUUCAGCACUAGUAAUUAACGUAUGAACGUUUCCAAAAACUUAUCAAUUAGCCUAUCGUAGGUAAAACACUAGAGCAAAUUUGACGGCGCAAUUCACGUCUGCCGACUGCGCGAGCUUCGUCCAAUCCUCUUUCGUUAGUUCACGAGCCUUUGGAAAAACCUACAGUGCCGUCAAUUUUGAAACGAAAUGUGCGGUCGACCGCGGAGAGUGCGGGGUGGAGACCGCCCCGUGAGUUGUUAGCCCAUUAGUACCGCACGCAUACGACGACGAGGGGAGGGGAGGGGGAACGGAUAACACUGUCCGGCUCGACGGCGCCGGCGCGGACGAUAUAGCGUCCGGCCGGUCGCCGCGCGCCGCGUUACUGUCUGGCGAGGCGGAGGCAUCGAUCGGCGAGCGAUCGGACGACUGGCUGACAUAGUUAUACGAUAGCAGGGGGGUCGGUCUCACCGUCGUGGUCGUGCGCCGGUCGCUGCGCGUGUUGGCCGGUCGCGGUCGCGGUCGCGGUCGCGGUCGCAGGCGCGGGGUCGACGAACUGGUGUUGCCGCAGUAACGGACACUCGCCGCCCUCGGCCGCGUCUAGUCCGUACACGUAUAGCACGCCCGCAGAUGUCGCUACCAGGAGACGCGGCGCUCGCUGCAUG